AUGGAUAAUGGUGAUAAAAGUUGGAUGAAUCUCCUGAUAUGGACAGAUGAGUAUAUCCGUGGAGUGAAUGAUUUUCUUGAUAAGGCAUUUGAACGAGCCGCCCAAGAAAAUGAAUUAUUAUGCCCUUGCAAAAAGUGCAUGAAUCAUUAUUGGUAUUAUAGAAAUGUGGCGGAGAAUCAAUUGGUUGUUCAUGGAUUUGUUGAUGGUUAUACCAAAUGGGUUUUCCACGGGGAAGGAUUUUCCUCGAGAAAUACACCUCAUCCAAGCAAUGAUGAUGAAGGGGAUGAAGAAGGAGUUGGGGAAAGACUAUCUGAAGAAGCAAAGAAGUUUUUCAAAUUGCUGGAGGAAGGAAAACAAGAGUUAUAUCCGGGGUGUGAAAAUUUCAGUAAACUGAGUUUCAUUAUUCGAUUGUACUUGCUUAAAUCCUUGCAUGGGUUGAGUGAUGUGGCUUUCUCUGAUUUGUUAAAGUUGAUAAAAGAGGCAUUUCCCUUUGCUCAGAUGGAAGAGUGCUGGUCUUUGACUAAAGCAAGCUCUAAAAUCCCUACAAAGGUUUUAAGGCACUUUCCUUUAAAGCCUAAGCUUCAGAGGACAUUCAUGUGUCCUGAAACGGCCGCUGCAAUGAGAUGGCAUGCUAAUGAACGACCCAAUGAUGGGAAUAUAAGACAUCCUGCUGAUGGGGAAGCUUGUAAGGCUUUUGAUUCUUUGCACCCAGACUUCUCUAGAGAUGCUAGGAAUCCGGAGUAUAUAAUAUUAUCUAUGAUCAUUCCAGAUCCAUCAUCUCCAGGAAAUGAUAUAGAUGUGUACCUACGACCAUUAAUUGAAGAAUUGAAGGAACUAUGGGAAAUUGGGAUAGACACAUUUGAUGUUGAAACCAACCAAACUUUCCGAAUGCGUGAUGCCUUAAUAUGGACAGUUAGUGACUUUCCAGCAUUAGCAAUGCUUUCAGGAUGGAGCACUAAGGGGAUAUUGGCAUGCCCCAGUUGCAAUUAUGACACAUGUUCUCAAUAUCUCAAACAUAGUCAUAAGAUGUGUUACUUGGGCCAUCGAAGAUUUUUGCCUCGUGAUCAUCUAUUCCGACGAGAUAAGAAGUCUUUUGAUGGUAAGGAGGAGCAUAGACCUACACCUGCUCCAUUGUCGGGUGAAGAAGUGUUUGAAGAGCUGCUUGAAUUCAACAAUAUGUUUGGAAAGAGCUCUAAAAAAAGGCCUCGGAGUGAUAAGGGUUCGUGGAAAAAAAGAUCCAUUUUUUUCGAAUUGCCAUAUUGGGUGCAUAACAAAUUGAGGCACAAUCUUGAUGUGAUGCACAUUGAGAAAAACAUAUGUGAUAGUUUGCUUGGGACUUUAUUAGAAAUAGAUGAAAAUUCAAAGGAUCAUGAAAAAUCUCGCUAUGACUUACAAGAAAUGGGGAUACGAAAGGAGCUACAACCAAGAAUAAAUAAUAAUGGAACUAUAAGUUUGGCUAAAUCUUGA